AUGCACGCAGCGGACAUAGGUGCAUCCGUGUUGGUUUCAGGGACUAUUGUCGUGUCGCUGCUGUCCAACGUUGUGGUGCUGAUCUGCUUUCUGUACAACCCGGAGAUCCGCAAACAGGUACCAGGUCUUUUCAUUCUCAACUUGACGUUUUGCAACCUCUUGCUAAGCGUGUCCAACAUGCCACUAACUCUGGUCGGGCUCAUCACCACUGGUCACCCCGUAGGCAGCGGCAUCUGUCAAAUUGUUGGUUUCCUUGACACUUUUCUCACCACAAACUCCAUGCUCAGCAUGGCUGCUCUCAGCAUUGAUAGAUGGGUGGCGGUAGUGUUCCCACUGAGCUACCACUCAAGAAUACGGCACCGGGAUGCAGUGAUAGCGCUGGGGUACACGUGGAUACACUCACUUUGCUUCUCCACAGUGGCCACCUGCAGCUCCUGGGUCGGGUACAACCACCUUUACGCGUCGUGCACCCUCUGCAAUGUGAGGGCGAAGGGAUCCGGGACGCAGUUCAUCAUUUUCAGCGUGGCUUUGCACUCUCUCACGUUCCUCCUCACACUUAUCGUGAUGUGUGUAACGUAUCUGAAAGUGCUGAAAGUUGCAAGGUUUCACUGUAAACGCAUCGACGUGAUCACCAUGCAGACGUUGCUGCUGCUUGUGGAUAUUCACCCCAGUGUGCGCCAGAAAUGCUUGGAUGAACAGAAGCGUAGGAGGCAGAGGGCCACCAAGAAGAUCAGUACAUUCAUCGGCACAUUUGUAGUGUGCUUCACCCCUUAUGUCAUCACAAGAAUUGUAGAGCUCUUUUCCCCAGGACCCAUAAGCGCUCACUGGGGGGUGCUAUCUAAAUGUUUGGCCUACAGCAAGGCGGCAAGUGACCCAUUUGUCUACUCGCUGCUCCGUCACCAGUACAGGAAGACCUGCAGCUUCUUAGCCAACAAAGUCCUCAAGAGGAGUCCACUCAACUCCUCCUCCCUCAGGAUGGAGAGCAGUAUAAGGAGGAACAAUGCCAACUCCAACACCACCAACAACAUCCAACCACCUUCCAAUGUAAAAGAGCCACUCGGCCAGUGA